UUAAGCAUAGGGAAAAUCAUGAAACGAUCGGCUAACAUUUGUUUUGUACAUAUUCUUUGUUUGGGAUUAGUGUUUACAGUGUUCGAAACUAGUGGUAAACUAUGUGGUGAUCCAGAAUGCAGCACUGCUAUUUCAACUGCACAGGUCACGAUUCGCUAUCGGGGUGGCGCUGGCCAAAAAGUUAACGUUGAACAAAACGAACAUCUGGAAAUUUUAGCCAAGAACGUUGGAAAAGAUGAGUCCUACUGGGUACGCAAAUCGGACGGGAAAGAAGGACUCCUGGCCAAGUAUUUCGUUAGGGAAACAAAGAUUCUGGUAGGCACCGCCGAUCUGAUACAGGUUAGCGAUAACGCGCCACAGGAACCCAGCGCCGUUCAUCAAACGCCUCCGGUGGAUACCGUUACGGCAACCACGCCCGGGCCAAGACCUACACUUCCGCUGGGUCAAAGUACACCGACAAACGAUGGCAGUGCGGCGAAUGUUCCUAAAGCGGCUAGUUUGUCGGAAAAAGUGGUACCCAAUUUAGAAGUUAUUCCCAAUGCAUCGACUGCAGACGCUUCCGUGACGGAAUCGAACGACGAUAACGCUUCCAACGCUGAGGAUGAUGAAGGUUUGGAUGAAGAAGAAGCUGAUGAGAGCGAAGAGGACGAGGACGAGGAGGAAGAGGAAGAAGGCGAAAUUCCCGAAGUAGCUGCAAGCGAAACACCAAAGGACGAACCGGAUGCCACAGCGAAAGAAAACGAACACACCGCCAAGGGUGAAGCAGGCAACUCGGUCACAGGCGGUCAGGCAACACUGGAUACCGUUCCGGAGUUUGUGACCCAGAAAAUAAGCGAGCAACAAGAAAGUGGUGAGGUGGAAACAAAAGAGAACGGUUCCGAAACGGAAUCAACCACACUGCACCCUGUCGGUUCGGUGUCCGGAGAACCUAUGAAGCCCAUGGGGCAAAAUCCUCCAGAUGAGCCUCUCAACAAGGAGACGGUGAGCGAAAUGAAACCGGCCAACGACACACUUGAAAUUCCAAAGGUGGAUGGAAUAGAAUUGGAACCGAUACAAAACGCCACUGACUCUGGUGAAGCUGAUGCGUCCACUGAAACUGCACCAGAAUUAGAACUGGAGCAGGUUCAGCAAGCAAAUACAUUGCAAUUGAAUGAUGAAACUGUUCAGCAAGCGCCAUUCGACUCCGACAGUGAAAACCGAACAUCAGAAGCCAACUCCAACGGCGAGGAGACAAAAGCCACGGUCAACGAAGAGAUUGCUUCAACAUCUACAGCCCCCGAGCUGGGUGACGCGGAAACGGUCAACAUGUCAAGUGAGGAACUAACUACGCCUCUUCCCGCAGUUAGUAAUGAAGCAGUAGAGCCACCACCUACCACAGUCGAACCAACGUCAGCUCAGCCUACUCAUCCUACUCGCAUCCUUAGCGGUGGAUUGGGUAACUUACUCGCUAACAGCCAUCAUCAUCAUCACCAUCAUCAUAACCAUCUGCAUCACAAUCACAACCACAACGAUCACGUGCCGCAGGGAGGCAAUGAGCAACCGCCCUCUCGGGAUAGUAACCCAAGAGACACCGUUACCAUGGAAACGGUUGGCACUACACAUCUUCAUUUCCCGGGUCAGGGAGAGAUGACGCCGCCGGAGACCACCGCACCACACGGCGGCCGGCUGGAUUCUACAAUUGACAAUCCGACCGAAGGCGAACUACCAAACGAAGAAGCGAAAGGAUAUUGUGACAGUGAAAUUGCAAGCUGUGAUACGCAAAAACAUCGCCAUACGCCACCGUUCGCCGACUCGGUGCAGCGCUCGAACGGCGGAGAAGGAUUUAUGCAGCCUCUGGAAGAAACCGUUCAGGGCGAACCUAGUGAAGGCGCAUUCAAGCAGUCCCCGGUCGAGGAUGGCAGCAGCCCGGCACAAAGUAGCACCCAAGAGGCACAAGAGCCGAUGGAAGAUUAUGUGGAAGCCUUUUUACGCGAGGCCAUCAAGCUAAGCGAUCUCAUUCUGAUGCUGGCGUUCACUUCCUUCACGCUGGUAGUGUUUUUGCUUGGGCACUAUGUAAUAAAGAAAAACCGACGGGAAAAGCCACUGAUAUACAAACUAAACAUGGUUGAGCGCGAUCUGAUGACGGCGCACAAGGAAACGGCGCUGCUCCGGGCGGAACUGCACGACACAAAGUACAAGCUGACCAGCAUCGAAAACAAUUCGUUCGGUUCAAACGAUAUGGUGAUUGCGCUGAAGGCCGACCUCGAGGCGGCCGAAGCGACCAAACAGGAUCUGCAGGAUCAGAUUGCGGGGCUAGAGAAGGAGCUGGAAAAUGCGGCCGAGGCGGGACUGGAGCUGAACAAGAUGGUGGCCGAACUGUUGAAUCAAAACGGUAGCGAUUCGAUUGCGCUCAGUGUGGAGGAGCUGCAGCGCCAGCUGAACGAACAGCAGCAAACGAUACUGUCCAUGAACGCGUCGCUGGCGGAGAAGAGCCGGGAAAACAGUGAACUGCAGAUUGCGAUUGCGCAGCAAACGGUGAAAUCCACCGAGCGCAUCGAUGAGCUGGAGCGACAGGGAAAGGAACUGGCCGAGCGUCGCGGUCAACUGGAGGUGGAAGCUGGACAGCUAAAGUCUGAACUUCAGCACAAGCUGGACGGACUGCGGAAAGAAAACGGAGCAGAGCUCGAACGGUUAACAAAAGAACUGAAGUUCGCGCAGAGUAAGGCGGACGAGACCCGCAAGACGCUGGCAGCAUCGGAAGCGAAGUGUGAUGCUUUGGAGCAAUGCCUAAAAGAAGUCAAAUCGCCAGACGGGCAUGUUGGUAACGCGGCGGGGUUAAUCGACAUGGUGGAACUGAAGGCUAAAAUUGCUCUACUAACGAGUGAAAAGGCAUCCUUACAAGACAAGCUGCAGGGCGAAACGAUUGCGCGUCAGCUGGUGGAAGAUCACAUGAAAAUGGUGAAUGAGGAAAUAUCCAGUCUUAAGCGAGACUUCGGAAAGGCGGAAAAAGAUAAACUAGAAGCAGAAACCAGGCUUGAGGUGCUGUCGUCGUACUUCAAGGAAAAGGAAACUCAGUUGCAAAAAGAGCUCAGCGUAAAGGAAGCGAUGUGGAUGAAACAGCAGGGCGAAACGACCAGUACGGUGGAAAAAAUCCGUCACAUGCAAGAUGAAACGCAACAGCUCAAAUCGCAGAACGACAAGCUCCGGGCAGAAAUUGAGGCACAAGCAGCGGCUCAUAAGGCACAAUAUACUACGCUUGAAACGCGUUCACACGAUGCUUGGCUUGCCACACGCCAAGCGGAACGGAGAGCGGAAGAAGCGCGCAGUGAAUCGAGUGCCCUCAGGCGUAAGCUGACCGCCUUGGGUGAUGUUUCCGCUUCCAGUGAUGGUAUGAUAAGUUUGCCAAACGCAUCCAUCACGCAAACCGACCUCGGGUUGACGGCUCCCUCGCCGAUAAGAGUCGAGUCGCCGAACGCACCGCCACCAAUGAUGGGUGUCUUACCGCCGCCUCCGUUUAUGCCUCCGUUUAUGCCUGGACCUCCGCCACCAUUCAUGCCACCGUUUAUGCCGCCUCCUCACGGACCUGGCGAAAUGCGGCCCCCACCACUGGGACGUCUGAUGUCACCACCACCCAAUCGGUACUCACCAAACAGCAUAAUCGAUGCCCGGGAUCGUUACAGUCCCGACCGGGGAAGAUACUCGCCGGACAGUCGGUACGAUUAUUCGGUUAUGUCGACGUACGAAACCGAAAACGACUUCAGUCCUCCACCGUCGCCGCCGCACCAUUCGCGGCACUCGAACUACGAUCGCGAGUGGGAUCGCGACCGAGGCGGCCGUGAUCGAGACCAAAGCUUCAAGGAACGCGAUCGGGAUCGGGGUAGCGAUCGCGAUCGGAUCGAUCGUGAUCGAGAUGGACGCGCUAGUGGAAAUGGAGGCUACGCGAGAGGGUUCACACCGACCCGAAUGCGCACUUCGCCUCCGAUACAGGAUCCUAGGAACAAAAAAUAUGCAGGAGGUUUCAGUUCCGGGUCACAGGAUUCGCUUGGAACACGCAAAAGUUCGGGCAAAUAUAAAGGAGGAACAAAGGCAAAUGCGUAAAGGAGUGCCCCAGCAUUGAAGGCCGUAUCGUGAACGUCGCCACACCACGAGAGCAUGGGUUGUAGUAACAAAACAUAGUUUGUUUUACUAUUGAAAGUUUUAUUUAAUUACAUUACGUGCAUUUGUACACUGACGCAACCCAUAGAUAGAACUUUCAGAAUUUGUGUGUGAUGAACCUGCAAACCAUUCGCCGUUCUGGACAGUAAAGCACCGCAACCAACCUUUCAACAAGUCGGCGUGCAAAACAGUGUCAAAAUGCU